CUGUUUACGAUGGGGGAACUAAAGUCCCGCUCCCGGGCGCUCCGCCAGGACCUGAGCCACUCUGAGUCUGCCGGGGCAGAGCUGGAGCCCCGCGCCCCACCACGGGUCAAACCGGUUCAACUGCUGAUAAAAUCGCUGAACGAGUUGAUUGAGGAGCAGAAUCACUCGUCAUUUGAAGCAAUGAGGAUUAUGCACGAGUCCUACGAAAAGGAGAGAUCGAAACUUCUGAAAAUGUGCCACGGGGAGCGGGAGAGGAUGAUCCAGGCGGCAGGGGGCAGGCGGGCCGGCGGCCGGCUGGAGGUGUUGUCUGACAAAAAACUGAAGGAUCAGUCUUUAGAAAGACAGACCAAUGGGCCGGUCCCAUAUGCAGAGCUGUGCUUAAAGGAGGACUCUGCCAGCAGGUCCACCUGCUCCUAUGCUGACAAAAAAGACCCAGACCGGUGUGUGGUCAGCAGUUUAAGCCUGGGAGACGUCAGACACUCCAGAGCUACUGAGAUCAAACUACUGAGGCUCACCACCGACGUAAACAAGAAGAUGUGUGUCACGGUGUCCGAGAGAGACCGGAAGAUAGCGGCUCUCAUGCUGGCGAAGCAUCAGGAAGAACAGGAGCGGCUGAAGCUUUCCCGGCUGGAGGAGCGGAGGCGACAGGAGGAGCGGAGCCAGGCCCAGGCCCAGCAGGCCACGGCCGAACAGAAGAGAAGGAAGAAGCUGAAGCAGAGUAUGAAAUGCUGGCACAAGGAGCUGGAGGUCCGCAGGAGACUGAGGGAGCAUCGGGAGCAGGAAAAGGCCGUUCAGCUGGAGCAGGAGGCGCUGCUGCAGGAGGACCGGUGGAGGAGGCUGAAGGAGGAGGUGGAGGCACAACGCAGGGAGAAGAUUGAGAGUGCCCAGAAAGACGCCGAGGGGCGCAAACACUGCCAGGAGAAGCUGCGAAGAGAGAAGGAGGAGGUGGAGAAAAAGCUGAGGGAGAGGGAGAGACAGCUGGCGGCCGAAAAGGAGAAGAGCGCCUGGAGGAGGAAGGCGUCGCUGGAGAAGAAGGAGCAGAGGAGGCUGCAGGAGGAGAAUCGCAGGGAUCUGCUGCGACACAUCCUGCUCAAGAAACGGGCGGAGCAGCAGAUGGAGGAGGAGAAGGCCCAGGCCAGGAGCACGCUGGAGAGGAGGCUGCAGCACUGCUGGGAGAAGCGGGCCCGGGCGGCGGAGGCCCGGCUGAGCCUGCUGCAGGAGCGCGCCGCCCACCAGGAGGAGCAGGCCCAGAGGGCGCAGCGGAGGGCCCGGCUGCACAGCCUCCAGCAGCUGGCUCACAGAAGCACCCUGGUCCAGCUGAGCCAGCGCCGCACGGAGAGGGCGGCGCUGCACGCCACGGAGACGCAAAAGAGCCGAGCUCAGCAGACGCGCCAGCACAACCACCACAGGCAGAGCUGCCACCGGCGGCUCCGGGAGGAGCUGCACCGGGAGGAGGAGGCCGUGAAGAAGCUCAGGGAGAACUACGUCUCCAUGAAGGAGUGGAGGAGGGAGCGGCUGAGGAAGCAGCGCGAGCAGAUCCAGGAGGAGGGCCAGAGGCUGGCCCAGGCCUCCUUCCACAUGAGGGAGAGAGUGAGGCAGCACACGCACAGCCGGACCUUUGACCGGAUGGCUCUGGAGGCCCAGCUGGCUGCCUCCAUGACCCGCAUGAAGCUGUGA